AUGUUCAAGCCUCGCCGUCGUUCUGGCUCCAGCAUUGUUGUUAUCGAUGGUGACGAUUUGAAGCCAUGUUUACCGGACGACUAUAUUAGUGGUCAGCAUUAUCGGCAACAAUCUGGUGAUAGCAAAGAAAUCGAUCAGGAAAUGUUGACAAUGCUUUCAGUUAAUCAAGAUAAUGGUCCACAUCGUGAGAUGGCUGUCGAUUGUCCAGAUACGUUCAUCGCGCGUAACAAGACACCACCACGUUAUCCACCACCCCACCGUCCACCACAGGUAAAUAGUCUUAAGCUUGACGGGAAGUCAAGGAAACCAUUCACGUCCGCAAUGAAAAAGAAUUGCACCAAUCACUCAAAUACCCUACCCAAUAAGCACAAAUGCAUGCAAGCACACAGCACCCGCAAUAAAUCCAAUACACUCACCUACACCAAAACGCACAUUUCAAAACAUUCAACACAGACGAUUAGCUCACUGAACGCACAAACAUCUACCAGAUUAUUUUCCAAAUCACAAAACUCAACGCCAUCAUCAACAACAACCGCAUCAUUAUCAUCGACUGAUAUUACCGCUUCACAAUUACCAAUACCAACAACACCAUCACCACCACCUCUGCCAACCACUCCCCCACCCAAAAUUCUAACUCACUCAUCUCCAACAGACUUUGUACCCAUCACUGCUUCAAUAACCAACAUCAAUACUGAAACUAACCAAUUCAUAACACAAUACUAA